AUGAAAAUGAAGAUGAAGUUGGCCAUCCUUUUGACCCCUACAGCCGCCCUUGCGGCAACCCUCGAACACAUCACCGAACCUCUUGCCUCUAAUCCCCGCAACGUCUCCUUCUACAUCUAUGUCCCCGACAAUCUGCCUCCCGCACCCCCCAUCCUCGUCAACCCUCACUGGUGCCAUGGUUCUCCCCAAGCCGCCUUCGCCGGCUCCCAAUUCGCCAACCUCGCCGAUAGAUACGGCUACAUCGUUAUUUAUCCCGGCAGCCCCAACGCCGCCGAUCAAUGCUGGGACGUCUCUUCUAAGGAAACCCUCACCCACGAGGGCGGCGGUGAUAGUCUCGGCAUCGUGAGCAUGGUGAAGUGGACUAUCAACCGCUAUGGAGCCGAUGCCGGGAGGGUCUUCGUCACGGGUGUGUCGUCCGGAGCCAUGAUGAGCCAGGUCCUGCUGGGCGCCUAUCCGGACGUGUUCGCCGCCGGCGCCUCAUUUGCUGGCGUGCCGUUCGGAUGCUACGAGCCCGAGAACAGUGAGGGAAAGUAUGGGUACUGGCACGAUGGCUGUGCUCGGGGCCAGGUGAUCAAGAGUGCGGAGGAAUGGGGGAACCGUGUGCGGGCAGCGUAUCCCGGAUAUGACGGAUGGCGACCGAAAGUGGCGCUUUUCCAUGGGACGGCGGACGAGGUUGUGAGCUAUGUGAAUCACGGGGAAGCGGUGAAGGAGUGGACAAAUGUGUUGGGUCUAGGCGACCAGCCGACGCAAGUCGUAAGCAAUACGCCGCUAUCCGGAUGGACGAAGAGUGUGUAUGGGAAUGGAUGGCUGCAGGCUUGGAGUGCCCAGGGCGUGCCGCAUGAUAUCAAGGUGCAGGAAAAUACGGUUGUUGAAUUUUUCCAGUUGGAUUGUGACGGCGCGGAUUGCUUCCGCUGGGGCCAGGGCAGCCCUGGAGGCGGCAAUGGCCAGCCCGGGUCGACUACUGUCCCUUCGACUCGCACUUCGACCAGUACUUCAGCUCGGCCAACUACCACUACCUUCACCACCGUGGUCUCAACUCCUGUCGUCACGCCCCCUCCCGCUACCUCGGCGCAGACGCUCUGGGGUCAAUGCGGUGGCAGCGGCUAUGUCGGCCCAACUGUCUGUGCCGAAGGACUCUGCACUACGUAUAACCCGUGGUAUGCUCAGUGCAUUCCCCGCACUUGGUAA